GCGGGUGCGGACGUCCCCGCUCCGUUCAGCUCUCCUGGGAGCUCCGCCGCCGCCGCCGCGGGACCGAACGGAACGAACCGGGUCGGGCCGGGCCAUGACCCCCCCGUGCGCCGGAGCGCUGCGCUGCGCGGUGCUGUGCGCGGUGCUGUGCGCUCAGGGAUCCGCCGCCACCCGCGCAGAAUGCAGCGAGCUGCUGUCCUGUGAGCUGUGCACCACCGCUCCUCCAGCGCCCAACGGCACCGGCUGCCUCUGGGGGGGCUGUGGGGCACCGGAGAUGUGGAGCUGCGUGCGCAGCGGGGCGGCCGUGCGGGACACAUGUGUGCUCUACAACAGCAGUGCCCUGUGCCCAGCGGCACUGAAAUCCCCCACCAAAGAGCCACCGCGGUCCCCUAGCAAGGAGCCGGCAACGCGUUCCCCACGGAGCAGCACCACGCGUGCCCCGCUGACGGGCAGCCCCGAGUUCCAGCCUCCGGGCUUCGACACGGCCAGCUUUGUGGGCGGCAUGGUGCUGGUGCUCAGCGUGCAGGCCGUCCUCUUCUUCAUCCUCAAGUUCAUCAAGUCCAAGGACAGCAGCUACCAAACGCUGUAAGGCUUCCUUGCUCCUCUGUGGGGUCGCACCGACGCUAUGGGGCAGCCCCACCGUCCCUCUGCGUCUCACCGUGGGGCGCUGCGUCCUCCCGUGGCUGUUUGUCCGUCCCCUCCCAUGGGGGUGGGGAGGAUGUGGGGCUCUGGGGCGCCCUCCCUCGUUGCCACGUGGAGGAAACGGGUGUCCGUCUCGUGUCCGUCUGUCUGUGCGCUGCUGUCCUGCCGCAACCCAUAGGGACCGUGCAGCCCCCAGACCCCCCCCCCCGUGGGGGUCCGAUGCUCUCCCAGCCCCUCCUCGUGCCCACCGUGGGGCUUCUAACGCGGGGGGGGCCGUGCCCCUCUCUCUUUCCUUGCACGCUGCCAGAGAGGACAACCAGUAGGUGCUGAGCGCUGCCAGAGGAUGGGGAGGGGGCUGCCCUGCUGCCCCGCGGCUGCCCCUGGGGAAGGGGCUCAUUCCCCCCUUCCUGCUUUGCGCGGCGGGGGGGUUCUCUGCUGUUUGCUGUUUGUCCCCGGGGCUGUGAGGUGACCCCACAUCCCCAUCCCUUCUGCUGCGUCCCCAAGAAGGUGGCGGGCAGCCCCCGUCCCAUUGAGCCCCUCGCUGGGGUGGGGGCUUCCCCCCCAGGAAUUGCUCUCUAAUAGGGCACCCAGCAGCGUGCAUCCCCCUCCCCAUCCCCCUGUGCGCCGUGUGGGGGUCCCCUUUUUGUUCAGCAUCCCGGUGCCAUCGCAUCCUGCAGGGUCCCAGCCCCGCAUGCUGUCCCCUCC